UUACACCCCCAAUGUUCCCAAAAAUGAAUUUUUAGUUGUUUACACCCCCAAUAUUUCCAAAAUUGAAUUUUGACUUGGGUACACCCCCAAAGUCGACAACAAUGAGUUUUGUCUAGGUUACACCAUAAAAGUUCGCAAAUUGAAUGCUGAUUAAUAUUUAUUAAUGAGCUGAUCUCGUCUUACUUAACUCAUCUCAUAUCUCAUGAGCUCGUCUCAUCUCAUCUCAUCUCACUUUACCCGUCUCAUGUGAGUUCUCAUCUCAUUUAGCGGCCAUCUCAUCUCAUCUCAAACUCAUCUUCACAUGAGAUGGGAUGAGAUGAACUCAUCUCACCGGCAACUCUAAUUGCGGGUGUACGAUUUCCGACUAGAUUGGGUGCGUUUGUAUCAACGAGUUGUCCCCCAAGGGUGAAGGGGACGAUGGAAUUAGGCUGCCCUCCAACGGCAUCUUCUGACCCUGUGGAAAUAACCAAGAUUGAUAAGGAUAAUAAUAACGAUGACAGAUAUCUGCUUUCUUUACGCUUUGAGAAUGUGACGGCGAGAUGGGUGACAGUAUCUGGAAUCCCGUUAGCUUGGUUUCUAUUGGAUGAAGUUGAAGUUCGGGAUGAUGUGGGGAACGUGGUGUCACAAGGGAAGCCAUACAUGGUGACCCCAGUCCCCGGAGAUGGAAAGUCGUCGCACCCGUAUCCCGUUAAUGGGAGAAAGUUGGUUGAUGGAGCCAUUUUCAGGAAAAUUAUUGCAGGAUCUACAGGUGUAGUGGGAAUCAGUCCAGGCCAAAAUGACGGACAUGUGCAGGUUGUUUGGGUGAAAGCUAAAUUAGUCCAAUGUGUCCGGGUAUGGAUGACAGAAUUUGAGUGGAGCUGGGGGAUUGAACUUCCGGAAAAUGUCUCCCUGCAAAUUCGAGAUUACCAGAAAAUCUGGCAAUCAGAGGUGAAAGUCGUAACCCGUGAAAGCUGUGGUGUGUCACCUUGUGCAGUGCUGUGUUUCGAUAUCAGACAAAAUAUUACUGGGGUUCGAGCGAAUUUCAUAAAUUUGGGGGCAUGGGUUAUGGUAACAGAAAUUAGCGUGGAAUAAUAGCAAAACAUUUAUUCCAGUAAAAUGUAAAGCGGCAUUGUUUGUAAAAAAUGUAAUCUAUGUUACAAUAAAUAUAUUUCUGGUUUAGUUUGAAUUAAUGAUCUCAAUUUGCGUGAGAUACAUAACUUCACUUUGCGUUAAGCCACACUAAGCAUUAUAAGUUGCAUGCAUUUACAACUUAUAUAUGUAUAUAUUUUCAUAUUCCAUCCUGUAAUUAAUAAUCAA